AUGGACUUCAACAGUUCUACAAACUCAAGCCAGCAAACGUUCGUUUGCGGCAAGAGGUUCAGCUCUGACGACCAGUUUGGCACUAAAAGUUCCAAAACUAUCCUAAUUCGCAAUUCUGUUGAAAAUGAAUUUGCCAGCUCUUUGUCCACUCCUGUCAGCCUAAGCGCGAAAAACAGCAGAAGCAGUAGCUCUAGCAGCAGUAGCAGUCCCACGACCAACGAUAAGAACACCAUCAAAAUAACUCAAGUCAAUAUGAAUUACACCACUUCAGAUAUCCACAACAACAUCAGCAACAACAGCAACAACGUUGACAACAAAUUGAAAAGCAACCUCACCAACUCUGACAGCAUCUACAUCAUACCAAGUAAUGAUAUUCCAACGAGAAAAUUAUCAAAAGAAACCAGCAAACUCCAGUAUGAAACGCCUACAACUUCAACAAACGACUGCAACUCAGCAACCACUCUUGCUACAACCGCAACCUCGCCAACAACAGAAACAUUAACAACGAAAACAGCAUCCAUAACAUCCACAACAAAUUCGGACCAGCAGCCAAUGAAGAAGACGAAGGAGGAUCAAGAAAGAAGAGUUACAAGUAUCGUCACGGAAGACAUUUGGAACUCAACCCUGGAUAAAAUUUUUGACAGUGCCUUAUCUUUGCAUGAGAUGGAUCGUGGUACUCUCAGAGGGGCACGACUUUCCGUUUAUCCAGAGUAG